AUGCGGCGGGCGCGGGCGCUGCGCCGCCGCGGAGCGCUGCUCGCCUGCAUCUCCCUGGGGACACUGCUGGCCCUCGCCGACGCCAAGGGCUCCUUCUACCCCCCCGCAGCCCCCCUGCCCUACGGCGGCAGGUACAGCCUCUACACGGCCGGCUCCAGCCCGCAGCUCGGCCCCGGCAAGCCCGUGGGCAAGCACAAGAGCUACUGUGCCUACGUGGUGCAGCGCAACGUGACGUGCACGCUGCAGGACGGGGCCGAGAGCUACGUCAAGGCCGAGUACCACAAGUGCAGCUGGGGACCCAAGUGCCCGGGGAAAGUGCUGUACCGCACGUUCUUCAGGCCCAAAUACAAGAUCGGAUACAAGACAGUGACCGAGCUGUCCUGGAGGUGCUGCCCAGGCUUCAUGGGAGAAGGGUGCCACGACAGCCCCACCGACCAGCCCGGCCUUCUGCCCCAGCAUCCCAGCCCGAAAAUGCCUCCUGGGCAAAACAUGUUUCCAAUGCCCAGACUGCCUCCCUAUCCAAAAAGCCACCCUGACCUGUUUCCAGGACCAAAGAAGAAUCAGUAUGGCAGGAAGCUGCCAGGCCUCUUUGGGGACCGCCUGGAUCGGCUGGAGGAAGAGGUGAGGCGCCUGUCCCAGUCCUACGACAGCCUGCACACCAUGGUGAGCGGCCUGGGGGACCGCCUGCGCCUGGCCAUCCAGGAGGACACCACCAAGAUGAUCGGCUCCCUGAUGAACAGCCCGGGCACGCCCGACUCCACAGUCGGCUUCGGCAUCAUUCCCGACGGGCUGGUGGACGUGGCGGACAAGGCCGACAUCGCCACGUACCCCCCCGUGGGGGAGAUCCUGACCAAGGUGACGGAGGUGAGCGACGUGCUGAAAAACAAGGCGGACCUGCUGCACGAGGUGCGGGGCAUGGUCCUGGACCACGACGGGCACAUCAAGCACCUGCUGGAGGCCGCCCGGCCCUCGCCCCUCACCUCCAUCGACCUGCUGGAGGAGUACGUGGACACGAGGCUGAGCAAUCUGCGCGGGGAGCUGCUCGACGGCUUCGAGAAGAGGCUGGGGAAGAUCCAGACCACGUGCGACUUCCGGAUCCAAGAGGUGCGGCAGCAGUGCGAGGAGGAGAAAGCUGCCAACCUGCGGCUGCAGCAGACGCUGGACGGGAAGGAGCUGGAGAUCAAGAAAGAGAUCUCCCAGCUGGAGACCCAGAUCCAAGGGCUGACCGUGGUGGAAAGCUGCUGCAGCAACCUGGACUACCUCACUGAUCGCAUGAACAUCCUCGAGAAAGGCCUUCACAGCAUCUCCGAGUCCCAGAAGAACUUGCACUCACGGCUGGAUGGAGAAAUCUCCACUGUCACCCUAGGGAACCUCUUUGAAGGGCGCUUUGAGGACCUGGAAGCCAGGCUCAAUGCUACAGAGAGGGAAACGGGGAGCUGCUGCUCCGGGAUAGAGGACAGCGUGAGGGGCACAGUGGUGGCAGAGGUGGAUGGCAUGAGGACUGCCUUUGAAGACAAAAUGCAGACCCUGGAGGACAGGUUCAUGACCAUCGUGGGGGAGCUGAACAAUGUCAGUUCUCCCACGGGAAUGGACGGAGCGGUGGUGCCCGUGCUGGAGGGCGAGCUCGCCAGCAUGAGGAGACGCACAGAUGAGGCACUGGAGGGGCUCCAGAAUCGCCUUGUCACGCUGGAGAGCACCUGUUCCCUGGGCUGCACCUCUGCCUCCAAAGAUGUGGAGACCUUCCGGACCGAGAUCGAAGACUGCCAGAGCAAGAACCAGGACCUGCUCCUGCGGAUGGACAGCAACUACGACCUCCUGCGCAAGCUGAACGCCACCAUCCUGGAGAUCCAGCGGCGAAUCGAGGAGGAAGCAUCGGGGGCUCUGCAAGGGGAGAUCACCUUGCUAAAGAUCAACCUGAACACUGUGAGCAAGUCUCUGACGGGGCUCAAGGACUCUGUCUCCCAGUACUCGGAUACCGUGACGCACGUCAACUCCUCGCUGGACGAGCACGAGCGGAAGAUCGAGGACGAGGUGCACUCCAUCCAGGAGAGAGUCAACGACCAAGGCUCCCAGCUCUUCUUCAGCAACCGGCGCGUCCUGAACCUCAAGGGAGACCUGGAGCGACUCAAAGCCAGGAUUGUCAGCGACCUGAGCUCCUGCAAGAACGUGGCCCAUGACCUGCAGCAGGAGAUCUCUCACUUCGACGAGCGGGUGGCCCGGGUGGAGCGAGCCUGCGGCAGGCUGGGUGUCCUCACGGGGAGCCUGGACGACAUCAGGAAGGAACUGGAGAAACACACGGGCAGUCUGUGGGACUACAUGGACCACAUGAAUGGGACACUGGCUGCCCACUCUCAGGAAAUAACGGGACUGAAGGACAACCUGCUUGACUGCCAAGCCAAGGUCUCUGAGCUGGCAGAACAGGUCGGGCACUUGGAAGAGAAGGUGGAGGGGAGGCAGCAUUAGCCACACUGCCACGUGUGUCUUCCUUCCCCCCCUGUGAAGGACAGGAUUAACUUAUAUCACACAGACUUGCUCCAAUGUGACAACAGUUCGUGGGAUAAUUUUUUUAAUGAAAAGCUGCUACUUUUUCUUUUUUUUUUUCCCCUUCAUCUUGUUGGUCCCACUCUUCCAUAACUCCGCCGUGCCAGUACUCCCCUCCUGCUCGGCAGCUGUCCUGACCUGGUGCAGCAGUCACUGCCUCCUGGCCGGGGGCGUUGCUUUGGCUCCUGGGCUGAUGACCCCACAAGGACAAUUCAGGAGGAAGCUGGAGGCGGGAACAUUGAUUUCUAAUUUUAAUUUUGCGGAUUUAUAACUUCUCGAAGAAUACAACCCCGUAGUUAUCAGUUGAGGAAUAGUUUCUCUGACCUAAAGACCACCUGCAUCUUAAUCCAAGGACUGAGCAAAGCCAGGGCUCCUUACAGGGAACAAAACUCGCCACAGGAAUUGCAAAUUUCAAAGAACACACGUAUUCACACGUCCCCCGGGGAACUGGCUUCCCCUCUCCGAGACGGCAGCUCUCCUUGUGUAUGGUAAAUCCAUUUACACUGCUCCCUCCUCCAUGCAGAUGCACAUGCCUUGUGGAGCAGAUGAGGGUAUGCAUUAGGAAAACACACAUAUGCAUAUAUAUACAUAUGGUAUGUGUGUGGAUAUUUCUGAGGAAUCCACUGUCAUGGUGCUCAUCUGAUUGCAGAGUUUCCUCCUGCUGCCCCGUGUCCCUUGCCAUAUUCCAAAGAGCCACACUGGGCAGCUAAAACCUGUGGCAGCAGUAUUUUGGGGAGAGCCCCACAGUCCCCAGGGCUGCUGUGCUUUGCAGUCCCACUUUGCUGGGCUCUCUGGUUACACCAGGGACUGACCUCAUGGGUUAUGGAAAACGA